AUGCCUGUGGUUGUACCUGCGAUUCCGUUUGUUGAACCUCCAUCUGUUGCACUUGGGAUGCCUAGUGCACCUCGUUUGAUUCCUGAUUUUGCAGGCGAGGGUGAACCAGAUCAAGUUGAAAAUGCGAUGCGAGAGGAUGAUUUGGACAAAGAGCUUGUUGACAUACUUGGAGACAUUGAUGAGGAUACUCUGAGCAAUUCACCUAUACAGCAUAGCCUAUCAAAUUUCGGCACACAGCAACAUCCUCCAUAUUUCUCAACCUUGAACUUGGAAGCCAUCAACCAACAGCUGGACGUAGAUCCUACCUUUGGGGGUCAAGGAUUGCAUGAUGGAACCGCUCCUACGGAAUUUCAGAUUGGCCAAUCUUUCCAGAGUAAAGAGGAAGCUGUGUUGAGUGUAAAGGAUUAUAGCAUCCAUUGUGAAGUUGAGUACAGGCUUGAUUAUCAUGUCAUUUGUGCAAGGAUCUUUCCAUUGGUUAGAGCCGAUGCUGCAGUUACGAUAAAGGUGUUAUGGCAAGCUACAAAAGAAAUCUAUGGAUUCAGACCUACUUACAGGAAGUCCACCAUGGAAAGAACCAUUACAUUGUUGGAGGCUUCUCCGGUUAGAGUUGUUGAUCAGGUUGAUCCAUCUACCGUAUAUUUUCGUAGUAUUUUCUGGACAUUUCCUCCUAGUGUUGAAGCAUUUCAACAUUGCAAGCUAUUGGUCAACAUUGAUGGUACUCACUUGUAUGGCAAGUCUGGACGUACUUUGCUUCUGGCUAGCGCGCAAGAUGAAAACUCGAAUAUCUUGCCCAUUGCGUUUGCACUUGUGGAAGGGAAGAAUGCAGAGUCCUGGUCUUUUUUUUCUUACCAACUUGCGACAAUAUGUGACUCCAUAAGAGGGUAUUCUGGUGAUCUCUGA